CCUGAUUCCGGUAGAGGGCAGCCGUCCAACUCAGGACUGAGGGGGAAAAACAGGGACGAAGAACUGUCAGUUUCCCGAAAAAAAGACAGCAUUUCAAUCAGGUUUGGUCAAUAGUUUGUGAGUGUGAUGGCGUCGGGCAGUACGAGCAGUGAGGAGGAGAGGAGUCUGAGGGAGUGUGAGCUGUAUGUACAGAAACAUAACAUCCAACAGCUGUUGAAGGACUGCAUCGUACAGCUGUGUACCUCCCGGCCAGACAGACCCAUGGCCUUCCUCAGAGAGUACUUCGAGAGGCUGGAGAAGGAGGAGGCUAAGCAGAUCCUACAGCAGCAGAAGUCCAACUCUCGCUCCGACUCCCGUGAGGAUGAGGUGUCUCCUCCCAUGAAUCCCGUGGUGAAGGGGCGGCGGCGGCGCGGUGCCAUCAGCGCCGAGGUCUACACAGAGGAAGACGCCGCCUCCUACGUCAGAAAGGUCAGGGGGGGUCAGCCCUCAGCCAAUCCCGCAUCGCUACAGGUUAUUCCUAAAGACUACAAAACGAUGGCCGCCCUGGCUAAAGCCAUCGAGAAGAACGUGCUGUUUGCUCACCUGGACGACAACGAGAGAAGCGACAUCUUUGACGCCAUGUUUUCUGUUACCUACAUCACCGGGGAGACUGUCAUUCAGCAAGGUGACGAGGGAGACAACUUCUACGUCGUUGACCAGGGAGAGAUGGAUGUGUAUGUGAACAAUGAGUGGGUGACCAAUAUUGGGGAGGGGGGCAGCUUUGGCGAGCUAGCCCUGAUCUAUGGGACCCCCAGGGCCGCCACGGUCCGAGCCAAGAGCAACGUCAAACUGUGGGGCAUCGACAGGGACAGUUACAGGAGGAUACUUAUGGGAAGCACUUUGAGAAAGCGUAAGAUGUAUGAGGAAUUCCUCAGCAAGGUGUCCAUUUUAGAGUCUCUAGAGAAGUGGGAGAGGCUGACGGUAGCUGAUUCUCUGGAGAACGUUCAGUUUGAAGACGGACAGAAGAUCGUGGUUCAGGGUGAACCUGGAGAUGAGUUCUUCAUCAUCCUGGAGGGUUCAGCGGCGGUGCUCCAGAGACGGUCAGAGAAUGAAGAGUUUGUGGAGGUGGGCAGACUGGGGCCCUCCGACUAUUUUGGUGAGAUCUCCCUGUUGAUGAACCGUCCCCGUGCUGCGACCGUGGUUUCCCGCGGCCCUCUGAAGUGUGUGAAGCUGGACCGCCCGCGGUUCGAACGCGUUCUGGGGCCCUGCUCAGACAUCCUGAAGAGGAACAUUCAGCAGUACAACAGCUUCGUCUCUCUCUCCGUCUGAGUCCCUCCGUUCCUCUCUCUCUCUCACUCUCCGUCCCUCCAUUCUUCUAUCGCUCCUCCCUCCUUUGCCCCCCUGGCUCCUCCCUCCUUCCUUAACAACGGGUUCCACCAAUGAUCUGUUUGUUUUCUUCAUGUUUCUAACCCUCCACCCCCGGCUCCUCCCUCCUUCGCCCCCCCUGGCUCCUCCCUCCUUCCUUAACAACGGGUUCCACCAAUGAUCUGUUUGUUUUCUUCAUGUUUCUAACCCUCCACCCCCGGCUCCUCCCUCCUUCGCCCCCCCUGGCUCCUCCCUCCUUCCUUAACAACGGGUUCCACUAAUGAUCUGUUUGUUUUCUUCAUGUUUCUAACCCUCCACCCGGGGCUCCAGAUCACUUGGCUGGGUCAUUGUUGUUGAACUGGUGUUAUUGUAUUUUGCUAUGAACCCAGAUUCAUUUGAUUGGACACGUAUGUGAUGAACUCUGUUGGGGGGCGCAAUAUUUCUGUAGUAUUUUAAUGUCGACUAUGAAGGCAGGAUGAAUUGUCUCUGACGUGUUCAGAUGGCAACAGGUCAGGGAGGUGUCAAAACGUGACCCGAGAGGGUCUGUUCAGACCCAGGGUUCCAAUAGAAUUACAAUGUGGUUCCGUUACUGUUCACCCAGUGUUCUCUCUGACACCGGGUCAAAACGAAGACCGUGUAAUGUGUGGACUAGACACACUGUGUGGACUAGAGACACUGUGUGGACUAGACACCAUGAGUCUGUCCUGGUUAGGAUCCAGAAGACCUUGUAAUGUGUGGACUAGAGACACUGUGUGGACUAGAGACACUGUCUGGACUAGACACCAUGAGUCUGUCCUGGUUAGGAUCCACAAGACCUUGUCAUGUCUGGACUAGAGACACCAUGAGUCUGUCCUGGUUAGGAUCCACAAGACCUUGUAAUGUGUGGACUAGAGACACCAAGAGUCUGUCCUGGUUAGGAUCCACAAGACCUUGUAAUGUCUGGACUAGAGACACCAUGAGUCUGUCCUGGUUAGGAUCCACAAGACCUUGUAAUGUCUGGACUAGAGACACCAUGAGUCUGUCCUGGUUAGGAUCCACAAGACCUUGUAAUGUCUGGACUAGAGACACCAUGAGUCUGUCCUGGUUAGGAUCCACAAGACCUUGUAAUGUGUGGACUAGAGACACCAUGAGUCUGUCCUGGUUAGGAUCCACAAGACCUUGUAAUGUCUGGACUAGAGACACCAUGAGUCUGUCCUGGUUAGGAUCCACAAGACCUUGUAAUGUCUGGACUAGAGACACCAUGAGUCUGUCCUGGUUAGGAUCCAGAAGACCUUGUAAUGUCUGGACUAGAGACACUGUGUGGACUAGAGACACCAUGAGUCUGUCCUGGUUAGGAUCCAGAAGACCUUGUCAUGUCUGGACUAGAGACACCAUGAGUCUGUCCUGGUUAGGAUCCAGAAGACAUUGUCAUGUCUGGACUAGAGACACCACGAGUCUGUCCUGGUUAGGAUCCACAAGACCUUGUAAUGUCUGGACUAGAGACACCAUGAGUCUGUCCUGGUUAGGAUCCAGAAGACCUUGUAAUGUCUGGACUAGAGACACUGUGUGGACUAGAGACACCAUGAGUCUGUCCUGGUUAGGAUCCAGAAGACCUUGUCAUGUCUGGACUAGAGACACCAUGAGUCUGUCCUGGUUAGGAUCCAGAAGACAUUGUCAUGUCUGGACUAGAGACACCACGAGUCUUAGAGAAAUGUUGUUUUGAAUAGAUCUCCACCAAAGGCUGAUCUGUGUUCUUAUACUUUUUAUAGUUGUUUUCUGGAAUGUUCUUUGAUGGUACUAAGAAGCUGUGGUAUUUACACCAUGAGGUUGAUGUUGAGGGAGGGUGUCCCGGGUCCAGGGGUGUGGCUGCUCUCUCCCUAUUGGCUGUGGUUUUUACACCAUGAUGUUGAGGGAGGGUGUCCUGGGUCCAGGGGUGUGGCUGCUCUCUCCCUAUUGGCUGUGGUUUUUACACCAUGAGGUUGAUGUUGAGGGAGGGUGUCCAGGGCUGUGGCUGCUCUCUCCCUAUUGGCUGUGGUUUUUACACCAUGAUGUUGAGGGAGGGUGUCCUGGGUCCAGGGGUGUGGCUGCUCUCUCCCUAUUGGCUGUGGUUUUUACACCAUGAUGUUGAGGGAGGGUGUCCCGGGUCCAGGGGUGUGGCUGCUCUCUCCCUAUUGGCUGUGGUUUUUACACCAUGAUGUUGAGGGAGGGUGUCCUGGGUCCAGGGGUGUGGCUGCUCUCUCCCUAUUGGCUGUGGUUUUUACACCAUGAUGUUGAGGGAGGGUGUCCCGGGUCCAGGGGUGUGGCUGCUCUCUCCCUAUUGGCUGUGGUUUUUACACCAUGAUGUUGAGGGAGGGUGUCCCGGAUCCAGGGGUGUGGCUGCUCUCUCCCUAUUGGCUGUGGUUUUUACACCAUGAUGUUGAGGGAGGGUGUCCCAGAUCCAGGGGUGUGGCUGCUCUCUCCCUAUUGGCUGUGGUUUUUACACCAUGAUGUUGAGGGAGGGUGUCCCAGAUCCAGGGGUGUGGCUGCUCUCUCCCUAUUGGCUGUGGUUUUUACACCAUGAUGUUGAGGGAGGGUGUCCCAGAUCCAGGGGUGUGGCUGCUCUCUCCCUAUUGGAAGUUAUUCUAUCUCUCUACCCCCCCCCCCCCCCCUCUUUCCCAUCUGGCCCCCCCCACCCCGGUCGUUGGGAUAGAUCUUAUACGUGUCAUUGUGUCUAGGUGUGUUUAAAAUGCUCCGUUCAGAAAAGGGAACUUUUAUUCUACUCUGCCUAUUUACUGCUCACGGAGAGCAGAUCUGGACUGAACAUCCAGUUCCUCUGGACGGGGGGAUCAGUCUUAAGGGAUAUUCAGUAUUUCACCUUGUGCUUCAUGUGUCCAUUUAGCUUCUAAAUAAGAGGUUUUUAUAACAGGGGAUGGUUGUGAGGAAAGCAUGUUAUACAACUCGACGUUAAUUCAACCUCUCUAGUUGAAUGAAGAAUGUGGGCCGUUCUGAUAUCAACCCUGGUGGGUUUAAUAGUGUUUCAUCCUGUGGAUGGUACAUGUCCAGUGUCACACAUGGCUUCCUAAACACCACUAUCUUUUUCUAAUGUUUUUUGACAUGGGGAGGUCUGUUUCUGAGAGCGGCUGUUUUCUGUCUCUCUCUCUCUCUGUCCUCACCUCUCUCUGUCCUCACCUCUCUCUGUCCUCACCUCUCUCUGUCCUCACCUCUGUCUCUCUCUCUGUCCUCACCUCUGUCUCUCUCUCUGUCCUCACCUCUCUGUCCUCACCUCUCUCUGUCUCUAACGUGUUUGACAUGGGGAGGUCUGUUUCUGAGUGUUUUUCACCCCUUCAUUCAACUGUUAGUUACAAGACUGAACCCUCAUUAUAAACGGAUCUUUGAGAAGUGCCUGGUUGAGUUCUAUCGACACUCUCUCUUAGAAUUCACAGUUAGAACCUAAAGCAUUCCGGUUCCACACCGUCAUGGAGUCUCAAGUGUUUUCAAUGUUUGCUGUCUAACAUUUAUCUAACCAUUUUUAAGUAUGAACCAUUUCUGUUGUGUUUUGAAAAACCCAUGUUUGUUCUAAUCCCAAAUACAGUAUGUUGUUGUCAACUGGACAUUUGCCAUUUUUUAGAAUUUUGAUGACUAUUUUGUAAUGUACUAUAUAGUAUACGGUUAGUGUAAGACUCCCUCUCUCCAGCCCAACGCUGUCCAACGUGUUAAUGCUGUUAUCUUCAUGGACAUUAUAAAGGAAUCCAUCAAAACUGUGAUGUAUAGAGAUGUGGAUACAAAUCAUUCCUGUAUAGACUAGUCCUCUGAAAGGAACUGUUUGAAUCAAUCUGUUAUGUAUGUGUUCCAAAUGGAGCCCUAUUCAGUGGUGGAUGUGUUCCAAAUGGAGCCCUAUUCAGUGGUGGAUGUGUUCCAAAUGGAGCCCUAUUCAGUGGUGGAUGUGUUCCAAAUGGAGCCCUAUUCAGUGGUGGAUGUGUUCCAAAUGGAGCCCUAUUGCCUUUAUAGUGCACUGCCUUUGACUAAGUAGUGCACUAUAUAGGCAAUAUGGGUGCCAUUUUGGAGGCAGGCAGGGUUUUAUUUCCACCGUGGUGUGUAGUCCUGGAUAAAGCGUCUCCAGCUGAACUAGGAUCAGGCUGGAAUGGACACGGCCCUGCUACAUCUCAUGGUAGAUGCAUUUCUGGGGUUUUUACAUUUUUACUGUUCAACUGUCCUUGGUGUAUUGUGUGAAAUAAAUUAGACUUUUUUAUUUGUCA